AGUUCCAUAAUAACGAUUGCGAUUCAGCCUUUGGCGAGGACAUAUUCUUUUGGACCGCCGAUGCCAUGUUCGCUUCACCGCCUGCGCUGCUGGCGGGCACGAAGCGCCUCGCGGAUAACGCUACAACUGCCUCUCAAACCAUAUCCUCGGGACUAACCGUCGAGAAGGAGUACCGCGCUGAGCACAUCGAUCCCCGGACCCUUUGCUGUUGCACAUGUCCCGAGCAGUCGCCUUGCGAAGCCGUCGCGGAUCCGCGGCCGGUGAAACGGAGAGCUUCCGCGUCGAAGGUUUUGGAAUUCCACAAUACUGAUGGAGAACAUUUGAAUCAGAUCUCGAACUCGGACCACCAGUUCCUAGACACCUGCUUCGAUAAAUUCUGCCAAGGAUGCGACUUCGAUCCAACUUGCUCUGACCCCUGCCCCGACCCGUGCCCUCUUCCAUGUCCUGGGGACGAUGCAUGCUCACCGGAAGAUGCCUGUUGGGAUCCGCACUGUGACCAAGGCCAAUGCUUCGACCACUGCGUGGAUCCAGAUUGUACAAAAGUUUCGUGUCCAAACGACCCAUGCUUUUGUCAAAAGUGUGAUACUCAGUCAUGUCCCCUGGGAGAUCCUGAUAACGAAUGCCAUCAGGCGCAUUCCGCUCCCACAGAUUCAGGCACCAUAUUCUGCUUCGAUAAUGCGCCUUGUCACUUUAAAGAUGGGCAAAACUUAUUCCAUCCGAGUCUUCCUGCUUGUGAUGGGUACCAGUGCUUCUCACAAGCUCAUCGAACCCUUGGACACUGCAAUGUUACUAGUCGGCCCUCGAAUACUGCGACACCAGCCUUAUCACCAGACAACUACACCUCACUGGGCAGCUUUAGCAAACAGCCAUCGCCAAUGCCCAGUACUGGGUCCACGUCCAACUGUUUCCUUAACAUCCCCUUUGAUCACUGCCACAUCAACCAAUCCUGCUGUCAUGGAACUGCCAGGGCUUGCGAAGACUUUACGACAGCUCCCCAAGAGCAUCUCGAUAUGUGGGACUCAGCGGUGACCCAAUCCAACGGUUUUGACAAGGAAACCCCGUAUCAGAUGUUCAAUUUUGGUUUCCAGACGAGCCAACCUCAAAGUACACUUUCAUUCCGGGCUAGGCCGACUCAUUCUACCAAUACCGCAUACAGCGGUGGGCUGUCAGGCGGCAUGCUUAGCUUUGACAAUUCAUACUGGAUGCUCCCAGACUCCCACUUUCCUGAUGUCUUCCCAGAAUCUCCAACUAGUGCCAACAACAAGCUGGACUAUCUCGCUUCGGCCAUCCAAAACGAAGUGCUGAAACCCGUCAUGCCACAACCCAAGAAAGAACCUCUCGAGAAUAGCUCAGUUCUUGAACCGCGUCCGGCAAGCUCAAUAUCGAGUGACUCGCCCAAAGCUUGCGUAUGCAAAUGGAAGCACAACCCUAACAGCCUCUGUCUCCAAGUUUUUGACACCCCCGAAGCUCUACACAAACACAUCAAAACCGCCCACGUCGACAACUGCACGCGCUGUUUAUGCCACUGGGAAGGCUGUGACUCUCAUUCUAAAGACUACAAACAACGUUCAAAACUCUCUCGUCACCUUCUUCUCCACGCUGGCUACAAGCCCUACACAUGCAGUUUCGAAGGGUGCAAUAAGAUGUUCGCGACUAAUCAAGCGAAAGACAAUCAUGAGAGAACGCAUACGGGAGAUAGGCCGUAUGUGUGUGAUCGAUGCGGGUACACGACAACAACUCAUACGCAGUUGCAGACGCACAUCAGCGCGCUUCAUUUGGGGAGUAAAAAGCACAAGUGCCGGUUCUGUGACUUCGUAUGUGCGGACUCAAGUAAUCUGAGUAAGCAUGAGAGAACGCACCAGACCCUUCGCCCCUACCGCUGUCCUCAUCCCGGGUGCACAUUCAAACCAGACUGUCGAUGGGAGAACCUGAAACGCCACUUUCGACGCAGUACUCAUUGCCCAAAGCUAUUGAUUGAAGGGAGUGAGGAGGCGAAGCAGUACCGGGAGAGCGUAAAGAAAGAGAUUGAAGAAUGGCACAGGCGCAACGGUGAUGGAAGUGGUGAGCGUGCACUCAGUAUUACGCCAAGGAGGAAAGGCAGGGGCUUAUCUUCCGAGUGAUUGUGAGUCGCUGGGAUCACGGUAAAGAUGUGGAUGAGAUUGGUGUUUUAUGGGAAGGCUGACGCGAGAUGAAGAGAUACAAUGGAAUGGGAUGAGCUAUGGUCUGCCUACGAAUAUGCCUUGCAUGAUUUACGAUUUGCGAUUUGCGAUUCGCAUGCAGCCGGAGCUUGGGCAUGAUUAUCAGAUUAUUAGUACUAGUCAUGUGACAUGCAUGAACGGCCAGCUUCCGAAUCGGGAAAGGGGAUAUACCACACACAUGCUAAGGUAUGCUUGCUUCAAACCCCUCCUUCCCCCGCAAGGGGAUGGAUAAUAUACUAUGGUUUCUAUGACUAGCUAUAUGGUCCAACCCCUUCGGCAAAGUCCCUAGGUUUGAAGUUUUG